AUGUGCAACACGAUCGCCUUCAGCGAUCUCUUGCUUGGGGACUUCGGAAAUGUCGAAAUAGUCGAGCUCUCAAGCUCGAAGAGCGAUUUCCUGUCACGCAUUGGGUUGAAGAAACACUGCCACCAGGAUAGACUUCUAUUCAGGGCAAUGAUGGAUGAAGCCAGAGCUGGACGGGACAGACUGUUCAGCAGCCGAGCAUGCCUCGUGCCCACUGUCGCCAGCGAUCUCUCUAUUCAGACCCCUUACCUGCCAGAACAUAUCUCAGAAGUCGCUUUCUCCGAUGAACUGCGGGCCAUCUUCACUCGCGCUUCUUCCCGGACACAAGGGAUCUACAACACGAUUCGAUCGCCAUUUCCCGAUCUCGACUUUUGGAUCAUACGCUGGACGUUGGCGCGGGCAAUCGAGGACAAGUCGGACGUGGAGGACGAAUCGACAUCCAUCAAGAGGAUAGAUCUAAGAGCAUCAGGAGAAGACACUGCGGAUUUGUUGUCUUGUCUGCCAAUUUCUUUCACGAGUCUCCCCAGUCAUCAUCCUCCAUCGAUACCAGUGACACCUGCGCCCGAGCAAUCAGUUCAAUCAUCGCCGGUUGCAAAGCUUAGUCUCUCAACACUUGUUCAACAUGAUGAGAUGCCUUGGGAAGCCGCGUUGACUCAACCAACGCCGUCCGGAUUACACGGCACGAGGUCCGUUCCAGGUUGCAAAACCUUAACCAGCGGCAGGUCAUCCUGCCGAGAUCCAGCAGACAAAAACGGCAGGAUCGAGAUUGUGCCGCGAGCGAGACGCCCAAAGCAUGAUCGUUAUUCAGCACGACAAUACUCAAAGUUCCAAGCUAGCGGGCGAACUGUUUCCAGUAACGACCUCAUCACCGGGACCUCGCCUAUCUUGGAGUUGGCAGGCAGACGGCUGCCACAAAAGAACAGAGUUGGUAAAAGGUGCCCUACUCAUACGACGCACCUGCCAUCAUCUGGUCAGCCGCGAUUCGAAGGCCAAAUAGCAAGUUCUCGCAGCGAAUAUUGGAGACACGUUCUCAACGUCUGA